GUAGAGAGCCGGCCGCCGGGCGACGUCGCGCGGCGUUGGCAGCAGUUGCGAGGCGGAGAAGCGGCAACUGCGCACUGCGAGAGACGAGAGUCGAGAGUCGCGCGAGCCGCGGCCGAAGGCAGGGUGGGGGGAAGCAGCUCAACUGCGCGAGCCGCGAGCAGCAAUAACUUGGGCCGGCCAUGUUGCCGCGGGCUCAGUCGGAAACCAACUGCCGAGCAGUGAGGGACGGUGAACGUAAGAGCAGACCGAUGUGUUGAUCGUGGGGAAUUUUGAUGAGCUUCCGAGCCCUAAGAGCGCUGCUGCUGCGUAAAGGAGCAACGAGCCAAGUCCAAGAGCGAAGGCCUGUGCGAUUGCCAUCAGCAGAGGAGGAACGUGUCACCGGUCGAGAAGAGGAGCAGAGAGGAGGCGCGAGACGAGGCGCGAGACGAGGUCCCAGCAGCAUCAGGGCCAUCGCCACCGUCGCGCCGCGCAAGCAGAGUCAGUCGGCCAUCAGUGGAGCUCGAGGAGCUAGAUCACAUUUUCGCCGCCACGCACAUCGCGGUCGACGGGAGGAGUUUCGCACUUGUGCGCGGAAGAUCGUCAGCAGAAGUCAGACAUAGAUAGAGAUAGAGAUAGAGAUAGAGGUAGAGGUAGAGGUAGAGAUAUAGAGGGAGAGGAGCCGGGAGCAUCGUUUCUGUUGCUCCGAGUCUGUGAUAAACCACCUACCACCUAGGAAACUGCGCGAGCGCGAAGCGAACUGCGCCACCACACCGUCUCGCAUCAUCGCAUCCAACAUCCUCGUUCUCGUUCUCGUUGAUCAUCGUUGAUCGUCAUCGCUCGAGCAGGAGGAACCACGACGAGAAGGCGCGCAUCAAACCUACGACUAGAUAGGCUUUAUAAUAUUUAUUUCAAUCUGUGAUAUACACCUACAUUACUGAUAUUAGCAGAGGCUCGAUUCGCGGAUAGUUGUUGCUGGUCGUGUUGCUGGAGAGCUGGCCAACCCGGAGAGUGCAUUAUACGUACACACACACACACACACACACACACACACGCGCGCGCGCGCGCGCAUACCUACUACUACCACGGCAGGAAGAGUCCAACUAGAUAUCAGUACCUAGUGCUUAGGCGUUUUUGUAUAUACGACUGACUCUUUUUUACGAUUAUUACGAUACGAUAUAUAUUAUAUACCGGUGCGAUAUAUCAAGUGCGCAUACGCGGCGACACUGACAAGAGAGAAUAUAUAUAUAUAUAUACAUUAUACACGUAGAGGAUAUUUCCGAGCGAUUCCGUGUGUGCGGGAGAGGAAGAGAGUGUGAGAUACGAGUCAUCGUCCACGACCACCUUCAUUUUUCUACGUAUACGAUAAACGACAAGGAAGAGAAGCCAGCGCUAAAAUGGUCGAGAAGAUAUUGGAGGAGCGCGAGGACGAGCAGCAUCAGCUGCAGCCGCAGCGGAGUCAGGAGGCCGGCAGAGGUGAGGCUGGCUGUCGGGCCGAUGUGACCUCGACGGGGGAGACGGUGUCGGCGGUGCAGGCGCGCCAGGAGGAGGCCCGUCGCAAGAGGCGCAAGAAGAAGCGCUCAUCGGGAUCAUCCCUCGUCUCGUCUUGCUUCCAAGAACUGUACAAGCUGACGGGCGAGGUGCUGGGCGAGGGCGCUUACGCCUCGGUGCAGACCUGCGCCAGCCUCUACACGGACCUCGAGUACGCCGUGAAGAUCAUCGAGAAGAUCCCCGGGCACGCGCGCGAGCGCGUCUUCAAGGAGGUCGAGACCUUCCACCACUGUCAGGGCCACCCCAACAUCAUCCAGCUGAUCGAGUUCUUCGAGGACGACGAGCGCUUCUACCUCGUCUUCGAGAAGAUCAACGGCGGCCAGCUGCUCAACCGCAUCCAGGAGCGCGUGCACUUCAGCGAGCGCGAGGCCAGCCAGAUCGUCGGCGAGAUCGCCAGCGCGCUCAAGUUCCUGCACAAGAAGGGCAUCGCCCACCGGGACCUCAAGCCCGAGAACAUCCUGUGCGUGCACCCGGACAAGCUGACGCCCAUCAAGAUCUGCGACUUCGACCUGGGCUCGGGCAUCAAGUUCAACAACAGCGCCUCCUCGCCCCUGGCCACGCCCCAGCUGCUCACGCCGGUCGGCAGCGCCGAGUUCAUGGCGCCCGAGGUCGUCGAGGCCUUCAUCGGAGAGGCCAACUACUACGACAAGCGCUGCGACCUCUGGAGCCUCGGCGUCAUCAUGUACAUCCUGCUCUGCGGCUACCCGCCCUUCUACGGCAACUGCGGCACCAACUGCGGCUGGGAGCGCGGCGAGAACUGCCGCGCCUGCCAGCAGAUGCUCUUCACCAGCAUCCAGGAGGGCAAGUACGAGUUCCCCGACGCCGAGUGGGCCUGCAUCUCCAAGGAGGCCAAGGAUCUCAUCAGGGGCCUGCUCGUCAAGCAGGCCUGCCAGCGCCUCAGCGCCGAGUGCGUCCUCGCCCACCCCUGGAUCAACCCGGGGCCCGCGGCUGGGGAGACCGCCAACCGCCCCCUCGCCACUCCUCAGACUAUUAGAAGGAACAACUCGGCCCGGGAGCUGUCCGUCUUCGCGGAGUCGGCCAUGGCCGUCAACCGCGUCGUGCUGCAGCACUUCUCGAUUAACCUGGAGGAGCUGCUGGAGAACCGCGAGCCGCGCCUGUCGACUUCUUCCACGGACGACGACAACCAUCCCUACGGCCACAUGUCGGACUCGAGCAGCGAACUCUCGAAGAGCCACUCGUCCGGCGAGUUCGAGCAGCACUCGGCGGGCUACGGUCGUUCCAAGUCGCAGACGCGCGAGAGCGAGUCCUCGUCAUCGGGCAAGAUCGGCAUCGUCGGCAAGUCCCGCUUCAUGGACAACGACCCGCUCAAUCUGUUCGGGCUGUCGCCCCCGAGCGAGAGCCGUCUGAUGCAGCGCCGUCUCAAGGCGCGCUCCGAUCUGCUGCAGCGCCAGAGUGCACCCAUCGUCGCCUCGCCAAGUGGCUGAACAGGGGCCGCACGAAUGAAACCUGCUGCGCCUCUCUCCGGCACCGCCUUUCUUCGAGCUGCUCUUCAACCAUCAUCGUUCGCCGUUUUUUUUUCAUCGCCGUCGCUACUGCUGCUGCUGCUGCCUCUGCUGUUGAUGUCGACGUUCCGGGAUGAACGAUUCCCGAGUUUUCCACCAAACAGCUCUCACCACUGAGACGCCACCGCCAGGAAACGUUCAUCCCUGACGCCUGUGAGCAUUGUGCAGCUGCAGCCGUACUUUAUAUGGACACACACAUGUACACACUCACGCGUACACCCUACAGACGCUGUAUGUAGAAGCGAGAACACUGCACUCAAUGGGAUAUGCAUUGACAGUUGACCGAAUCGAUUGAUCUGUGAGUUUGCUAUUGUGCAACGGGUUUGCAUGGCUCGUCGUGUGACGGGUCCUUUGUGCCAUGCGUAGUUUUCUUUCUGAAAGGAAGCAUACCUAUGCUUCGUGUUUGUUUUUGUACGGUAUGAUUGGUAUGUUCGACGACUGUCGAAGCACCGUCCGAUCAGUUCGGCUUUAUUCAUACGCACUGGUAGUCAAAGUUGAUUUUUUAUGUUGCUUGUAUUCGAAUACAUGUAACCUUCAAUCAAGUUCUCUCUUUUUAGUUAAUUUUUUUUCAGAUUGUGCGUAAUUUAUGCACAUUUUUUGGAUUUUCCAUGAGCAGACGACGAGCAACGAGGUAUGGUAGAGGAAGAUGCCACGUGGUAACUUUUCUCGAUGCCUACCCCACUAGCUCUAAUAUGACUCGUGGAAUCAAGUUUGAAUCAAUUUACUCGUUCAAUUGAGUUUAUUUUCGUUUCAAUAAAAAUUAUCAAAACGGCGAAAAACGCGUGCAGUGUUCUCCUAGAUGCAUCAGUAUAGCUGUACACAUUGCUCAUUAGAAUCGUAAGGUUUAGCUGUAGAUCGUAAAAGUCUUGAUAAAAAUAACAAAUUUUUAAUGAACGGCAUAUAAUUAUAAAAAUGGAGUUAUAUCGCAGAAAAGACGGAUUUAUCAGACCAUCUUCUUUACAAGUGCUUAAAGAGUUUAAGAUAUAAAAAAAAAAAAUCAUCGUAGCACCUAGUGCUUAAAGGAAUAAUUCACAUCGCGUGAAAUCCUUUAAAAUUUGUACCUGUGUUGUAAGUGAAUUAGGCGGGAGGAAGAAGAUAUUACGAGAUUAAUGAAACGAGUUUUUGACAAGAAAUCGUAUGCUUGAGAAAAAUAUUUACAAUUUAGCCUGCAUAUUAUAUGCGGUACACAAUUAUUAUUGAAAAUCUUUGCUUUCUUAUUCAUUUUAUCUGUGCAUUCAAUCGCAGUCAAAAAUAAUUAUUCAUAUCAUAUCUGGAACAAUCAGUGUAAAUCAGAUAAAUUUUAUAAAUUAUUUUAUGUUAAAAAUGAAUAUUUGCAUACUCUUCUUCCCGUGAAUUUUGUAAGAUUUGGCAAUUGAUUUUAAACGUUUUUCUCUUUUUUAUUGUUUAUUUCUACAAUAUUUUUGCCAAAUUUUACUGGUAUAAGAGAUAUCGGGGAUACUUAUAAUUAUUUUUCUUUAAAUCGUUUUUGGGCAAGAUGCGCCAAUUUCAUCAUAAUUAAAUUCCAAAAUACGCAAUCAGUUACUUUGAUUACCACGAAAGGUUUCUGGAAAACUAUUACGAUUUCACGCAAGAACUGGUGGUCUGCGAUCGUUGCGUUCACAUGUCUUGACGAUUUUUAGUAACGUACCGACGUAGAAUUAAAGCCUAUUUCUGGUUUUGUAGUUCAUAAGAAUACCGCGGAAUCUCUCAAAGUAUAUACGUCAAAUUCAAUCUUGGCACGAAUGAGUUUGCAAUAUUAACAGUAUUUAUUUAAAUCUAACGUUGGUCUGACCAUAACAAAUAAGCUUGUAUUACAAAACAACAUUUCGUAAAAUCUUUGAAUUUGGCUUUGACGAAAUAUUUUUGAUGGGAAUCCGCAGAAUAUACUAGUGUACAUCAAAGUUAUUACACUAUAGAAAAGAUGUGCAGAGUAUAAAUAUUAUAAUGUCUGGACCCGAGCGAAGGAAAAGUAAAAAAAAAAAUACAAAAAAAUGCCAAUCAAUAGCCCCGGUGGUCUUUUAAACUCUUCAAUUCACGCCAAAAUACGAUUGUAACGAUGUUUCUCCGUGCCAGUGUUAUUAUCGUUUUCUGUUUUCCAACACAAUAACAGAGGAAACAAAUUUUGUCUACUCCCGGAGAGACAUCGCUCGUACGCUCUGAUAACAAUGUAAAUGGCGUGUUUUAAUUCUAAUUACUAAUGCACGCGGCUAUAAUAAGUGAUGGCCACAGCGCAAGUGAUAUAAUCGAUGUAUCAUGCAAGGCGAGCGUACACAUGAUAAGGCGACAAACAGAAAAUAAUGAAAACGUAAUUUCGUCCAGACGCUGGCGCGGAUGAAAAAAAUUCAGUCGCUUUUUUAGUUUUUCGUUUCUUCUUCCUCUACUUCUUUAUUUUUUUCUUAUUCACGAUUAAAGUCAUUUUAGACUUAUACAAAGAGCGCAUGAAGAUUGAAGCGAUUACAAAUUGCGUGCGUUGUGUAAAUAGACGGGCGGAAAGAAAGAGAGAGGCGAAAUAAGAGAAAAAAACUGAGAAAAGGACGAAUAGCUACUAAGACAAGUAAGCGUCAUGUAUUUUAUGAAGACGAGAAACCACAAAAUGGCCAUAAUACGUGAUCGACGCACGCGGGCGCGGCGAGUGAAUGACUUGAAUAUUUGAUAUUGCGGGAAUAAAUGACGCGAGCGACAAAUGUUUAAAGAAAUCUAACUAUUAGUUUGUAAGCGAAUUGUAAAAGAUGCGCCGUAACGGCUGCUAAGCGUGAAUGUGCGAAAUCAAAUGUGAUUGAACGUCUGCGUGUGUGUACGUAUACAUUUAAGCGUUGGGAUGCGCAGAGAAAGGGAACAUGAAAUUUUGUUUCGGUAACUUUUUCUCUAGCGCCGCUGCGAUCGUCAGAUUGUUGAACGAUCGUACACGAAAAUCCAUCAUUUGUAAUUGAAACAAUUUUGACUGUAAAAGUUUAACGAUGCUACAGUUUUACAUACUUUCCAUGUUAUGGUAUGUUCUGGAGUUGACUCUCAUUGUAAUUUGAGCGCAGGCAAACAAAAAUUGAACGGUAUUAUAAUAACUGGCUCUAAUAAGAACAGUGAGAAGAAUUAAUGAAUUAGCGCAGCGGCAGUUUAUACACACAUGUACGCGUAGAGAGAUCGCUCUUUCUCUCUUCGAUGCGCGAAGCAAACAAAUAUUAAUUUAUGAAGGGUAAAACAUGCGAGAUGUUACUUCCAUCGUUGAGCCAGCUGCCAAAGUAUGCGGGCUCGAAGGGAGAGAGAGCGAGAUUUUCGUUACUUUUUUAAAAAGCAAGCUAAAAAAUGUCCAAAAAAAAAUAAAAAAAAUCACGAAUCUUUUUAA